AUGAUGCUCAAGGAUCUGGCAGCAAUUCAGCAGCACCAGCACCAGCACCAGCAGCUGGCCGCCGCCGCCGACGAGAACAUGUCUAACCUGACCUCCGCCAGCGGUGACCAGGCCAGCGUCUCGUCCCACCCCGCCCCGCCUCCCGCCAAGAAGAAGCGCAGCCUCCCCGGGAAUCCAGACCCGGACGCGGAGGUCAUCGCGCUGUCACCGCGGACGCUGAUGGCGACGAACCGCUACGUGUGCGAGGUGUGCGGCAAGGGGUUCCAGCGUGACCAGAACCUGCAGCUCCACCGGCGCGGCCACAACCUCCCCUGGAAGCUCAAGCAGCGCAACCCCAAGGAGGUGGUGCGCAAGAAGGUGUACGUGUGCCCGGAGCCCGGCUGCGUGCACCACGACCCGGCGCGCGCCCUCGGCGACCUCACCGGCGUCAAGAAGCACUUCAGCCGCAAGCACGGCGAGAAGAAGUGGAAGUGCGACCGCUGCGCCAAGCGCUACGCCGUGCACUCCGACUGGAAGGCGCACUCCAAGGUGUGCGGCACGCGCGAGUACCGAUGCGACUGCGGCACUCUUUUCUCAAGGAGGGACAGCUUCAUCACGCACAGGGCCUUCUGCGACGCGCUCGCGGAGGAGAGCGCGAGGGCGGUGACCGCGGCCGCGGAGGUCGUCGCGGGCCAGCACCACCCGGGGAUGCUCUUCUCGCAGGCCGCCGGUGGCGGCGGCGACGGCAGCGCGGGGUUGCACCUGCCGCCGGGCGUGCUGUACCCGUCGCAGACGCUGGGCGGCGGGCACGGCAUGUCCUUGCAAGAGCUGUGCCACAAGAGGGAGCAGCAACAGCAGCAGCAGUUCGCCCCGUCGUCGUGGCUCACGGCGCACCAUCAGCAGGAGCUAGAGCUUCCCGGCGCAGGCAACUCGGCCCUGUUCGGAUCGGCGCGGCCGCUAGACCAGCAGGACUACUUGGGGAGCUCCACGCCGGCGGAGAGCACGGCAGGCCUCAGCGGCUUCGUUGGGUUCUCGCCGUCCGCCGCUGGUGGAGGGGCGGCCUCGGCGCACAUGUCGGCGACCGCGCUGCUGCAGAAGGCUGCACAGAUGGGUGCAACGCUGAGCCGGCCGUCGAACCAGGGACAGAUGGCGAGCACUCACAGCAGCACCACCACCACCAAUGCUGGCACUGGCGCUGCCAACGCGGCAGCUGCUGCUGCUGCAAGCAACAUGCCUGGCACUGACGCUGGUGCCCUCGGCUUCGGGGCACCUCAUCACUUUGGAGCGGAGGAGAGGACCACCAGGGCUGAUCAUCGCGACGCCGGCAACGGCGGCAAUGCCGCCGCCGGAGGCGGCAACGAAGGCCUCACCAGGGACUUCUUGGGGCUGAGAGCCUUCUCCCACGGUGACAUACUCAGCAUGGCCGACUUCGACCCCUGCAUGUCGUCGGCCUCGUCGGCGGCGUACGAGCAAGGGCACCACCACCAGAGCAGCAAUCAGUGGCAUGUCUAG